UUCUCAACGGCUAGAAAAGGCUGAAGGCUGAAGGCUGAAGUCUGAAGGCUGAAGGCUGAAAGCUGGGCUGUGAUCAGCAAUGGCGACUUCACGACAGGAGCAGCUCCUUCAACGACCGCCGGAGACGGUAGCCGAACGAUUCUUCUGCGACCUCUUUGCGACGGGCGUGGGCGCAGGGCUCGCCGUGCGACACACGAGCGACAUGGGGCGGGGGGUGUUCGCUGAUGUGGAUUUCAAGGAAGGGGACGUGGUGCUUCAGGAGCCUCCGCUUGUCGCGAUGCAGCACUCUCACAAUAGGGCGCGAGCCCUCGUAUGCUCUCAUUGCUUGCGGUUCAUUGGUCCGCUGGAGCUAGCUGCUGCCCGGCUGCUGAUGUGGCAGAAGGGAAUGAGAGAGGAGGAAGACAAGGGCGAAAGCGACGAGGGUAAGGAGGCGGAGGAGGAGAAUAGAGAGGAAGCGGACGCAGCAGCAGCAAAAGCAGAGGGCGUCAUUCAGCAGCUGUCGAGCGGCCAAUUGAAACUGCCGUUUGCGGAGUGUGCGGGUGUCCUACCCUCAGCCGUGGCUUGCCCUGGUGGCUGCACCCAAGAGGUCUUCUGCAGCUCCACGUGUGCCACGUCAGCAUGGGCGGAAGGCCAUGCCAUGCUGUGCCUGGGGCACGCCUCGCAUGCCAAGGACACCCAAGCUCUGAAGGCCUUCUAUACCCAUGCUGAUGAAUCUAAUGACAUCUUCCGAUUGGCUGCUAAGGUGGUGGCAUCAGCCCUUUCUCGCGCUCACACGUUACUUGGAAAGGGGGGAGGGGAGGUUGGGGAGGAGGAGACAGAGGGGAAGGGGGAGGCGGAGGAGGAGGAGAGGUGGAAGCUAGUGCUUGAGGCAUGGAUGCCGUUCGCUGUGGGGCACAAGGCCAUAUGGUGGGAAGCAGUGGCGUGUCCGCCUGACGUGGUAGCAGGAAGCGACGAGGAAGCUUCCUUCCGAGCCUGCAUGAAAUCUAUGGCCGAGGAGUCUCUUAAUCUGCUCGCUCAAGCCAUCGGCCCACUGCCAUUGGAUCUGCAGCCAUUGCUCUCCCUCUCCGUGUAUGGCGCCACCAUCGGCAUGUUUGAGCUGAAUAACCUAGACUUGGUUGUACCGUCCCCAGUUACAACCUACUUCAACAGAAUUCUAGACUUAGACGACGCCAAGCAGGACUACGGCAGAGGCAGAGGGAGUGAUUGGCCCACUGAGGGCGCUCCUGGAGCAAGGGGGAGGGGGCAGAGGGCAGGAGGGAGGGGCAGUGCAAGGGGAGAGGGGGUGAAAGAUGGUGGGGAGAAUGGGGAGGAGGGAGAUGAAGAGAAAGAUACAGAUGGGAACGAUGGGGAUGUGGGUAUAGGAGAUGAAGAGGAGAAGGAUGAUGAUGAUGAUGAGGAGGAGGAGGAUUGUGAUGAGGAUGAUGAGGAUGACAAGGAUGAUGAUUUGCUGCAGUGGCACUGCCAAGGCACGGCCUUCUACUCCCUGCAGAGCAGCAUCAACCACUCCUGCUGCCCCAACGCCCAUGCCUUCAAACGAGAUGAGGACGUGGAUGGUCGGGCAGUGCUGCUGGCAAGCCGAGACAUUAAGAAAGGAGAGCAGAUCUUCAUAGCCUACGUGGAGGAAUCCCUUCCGUUACAGGAGCGCAGGGAAGCAUUAGCCGACUACGGCUUUGUGUGCCGAUGUGAGCUGUGUGAGGCACAGGGAAGGCACUAAUAAGACGAUACAGUGCGAGGCACAGGGAAAGCACUAAUAACUAAGACGAUACAGAGAUAGCAGCGGCAUGGAAGGUGCUGCAGAGAAAAGUGUUCCUCGGUACAACAUUGAAAAACGAAGGCAUUAGCUGACUACACCUUAGUGUGCCAAUGUGAAGGUUGUGAGGCACAGGAAACGGGCAGGAGAUGAAAGAGCACUGCGAGACGCAGAAAAGGUUGAGAUGGACAGAGGGAGACGCGGAGAAGCUGAGAAAUAUUUUCCCUUGCAGUUGCGAUGACAGCCAUCUGCAGACCAUGGCUUAUGCUGCUGUUCUGGAAUUUUGUGUGCUACAUGAUCAUCACAGGCUAGCUAGGUGCAGACUGUAGUGGGGACAACCCUUGAAUCCUGUUCUGUUCCCGUUCUACCCACUCAGUUCUUUCAUUCUGACAGGUCAUAAAAAAAAACCGAUUGUUGUCUGGAUUGUCAAACAUAAGUAUAACUCAUGUUUGUAUAGAUUGUAUAGGGUUGCCU